AUGGCCGACUUGUCAGAAUGGACGGAUGAACAAAAGGAAAUCCAUCGAAGACUCGUGAACACCCCGUCGCUGGCCGGUCUCUACAGCAUUUCCCGAAACCAAAGGAAGAGUCUGUCUUUAUUGAGUUCGAUCAAAGAUCUCGUGUUGCGUGAAGUUGAAUAUGAAAACGGAAGCAAUAUUGCUGGACCCAUGAAGAGUCCCAUCACAGUUGGCGAUUUUCGUCUCCUCAGCCAUGAUUUCGAAGGAGGAUUCGGCACGACUCCAGAGAUGUUUCAACGUCUUCUUGAAUACCGUCUUGUAGAACUCUACAGAGACCAAGUUGAUGUAAACAAAGAUGAGACGCUCUGCUUCAAUCUCAACACAUGCGGAAUCAAUCAACGGUGUAAAGCGCCCUAUUCAGAUAUAGAAGCAGGGUUCGAAGAAGUGUUCAACUUCGUGGAGACCCCGGACAUAUUCACCAAGAAAUACCUCAUCUUCCCAACGCUUGAUGGGACUGCUGCAUACUGCACUUUGGUCAUCAAUCCAAUCGGUGCGAUCAAGCAAAAAGAGGAAAACGAGAAAUGCCUCAUGGUCCAUAUCGGGUUCGACAAGAAAAGAAAUCUAACGGCUUACAAGAAUCGGGUCGCACCACAAAUCGAAAAGCUUAUGGAGCUUUUUAUGGGAUUGUAUUCCGAAGAAAAAGGGUAUAUGGAGCUGCAAAGCAGUCAAAUAUUCAAGGAUGUGGUUCGAGCCAAUGAUCCGGCGCAUAGAAAUAAUAGGCCAUAUCAACUAAUUCACUUGGUUGACAAGCUGCUGAAUUCGUAUCCUAUAAGUGAUUAUAAUCACAUUAUUGAACAAGUUCAGAAAGAUUACACAAACGGAGAAAUUGUCAAAAAGACAAGAGAGGAUUUCAUGAUCAGUAUCAGAGCCCAGAUCACUUUUGGUGAAGACAAAGCCGCGUUAUUCUUGAUGCGCCAGGCGGAACAAACUGCCUAUGAUUUCCGCAAUCCCACUGCUGCUCAAAAGCGCACCCACCACAAAGAGCCUGCCAUUGAAAAUGAAUUUGAUAAACUCCGCAGACGACGCAUUGAGAUGAUCAGAGAAGAUCGCGCAAACAUCACUGAUCCCCCACGACUCGUAGUCUUCUAG